UAUAUAUUUUUUUUGCGGGGAGGUUUUUGCAAUUAAAAAAACAUUUAUUUUUGAAAAGUGAUGGCGGAGUGGGGAGCACGGUUGCUCCUCUCUCUUUCGUGUUUCACCGUUCUUUCUUCGGCUACCGUGGCUAGGCAGGCAGACAAAGCGUCGGGCCCGAGACAGUUCACCCCCUUCUGGUUCUCGGUGGAGCCCGUCGACACGCUGGCUGUGCGCGGCUCCCCUGUCUUCUUGAACUGCUCAGCCCACAGCGAGCCCCCGGUGCGGGUGGAGUGGAAGAAGGACGGCACCUUCUUGAACCUGGCCACCGACGACCGACGGCAGCUGCUACCCGACGGCUCCCUGCUCAUCCCCAGCGUGGUGCACUCCAAACACAGCAAGCCAGAUGAGGGCUUCUACCAGUGCGUGGCCACCAUCGACAGCCUGGGCACCAUCAUCAGCAGGGCUGCACGCCUCACAGUCGCAGGUCUUCCAAGGUUUAGCAGCCAACCAGGAGCUUCUUCGGUAACCCAGGGUGACAGUGUGGUUCUGAACUGUGACAUCAAUGUGGACCUGGUGCCCUUCACUCGCUGGGAGCUGGACCAGGAGCCACUGGACCUCGACGAAAGGGUGGUCAAGCUGCCUAACGGCACCCUGGUCGUCAGCAACGCCUCGGAGGCCGACGCCGGCCUGUACCGCUGCGUGGUGGAAAACGUCGGGCCUGUGAAAACCAGCGAUGAGGCUGAGCUUCAGGUUCUACCAGACACGGGCACAGACAGGAGGCUGCAGUUCCUGAGUCAACCUGCCCCUGUGACGAAGGCUAGGGGGCAGGACGUGCUUCUGCCAUGUGUGGUGUCGGGGUCCCCUGCACCCACAGUCCGGUGGAUGAUUGGAGACAAGGUCAUCGAUGAAAGUGAGGCCAGGUUUAAGGUGAUAGGAGGCGGGAGUCUGCAUGUGAUGAACCUCACAGAGGAGGAUGCUGGGAUAUACAGCUGCUUGGCGGACAACGGCAACGAAACCAUUGAGGCGCAGGCAGAACUGACAGUCCAAGCUCCUCCACAGUUCCUCAAGAGGCCGAGUAAUAUCUACGCCUACGAGUCCAUGGACAUCGUGUUCGAGUGUGAGGUGACCGGCACGCCCGCUCCCACUGUCAAGUGGGUCAAAAACGGGGACGCGGUCAUUCCCAGCGACUACUUUAAAAUCAUUAAAGAACAUAACCUGCAGGUUUUAGGGUUGGUGAAGUCGGAUGAAGGUUUCUACCAGUGUGUGGCUGAAAAUGACGUGGGGAAUAUACAGGCCAGCGCUCAGCUUAUCAUACUGGAACAUGAUGUUUCCAUUCCAACACCCCCUCCCACCUCACUGACAAGUGCCACUACUGACCAUGUAGCACCAGCGGGCAGCCCCGGACCCACCCCCUCGGCCCCCCGGGAUGUGGUGGCAUCGCUGGUAUCCACGCGCUUCAUCAAGCUCACCUGGCGCCCGCCCGCGGAGCCACACGGAGACAACAUCAACUACUCUGUCUACUACAGCCAGGAGGGUGCUGCCAGGGAGCGGAUUGAGAACACCAGCCGGCCAGGAGAGCUGCAGGUGACCAUCCAGAACCUCAUGCCUGAAACCAAGUACGUGUUCCGAGUGGUGGCACACAACAGGAACGGGCCAGGAGAGAGCUCCUCCCCUCUCAAGGUGGCCACACAGCUUGAAGUCCAGGUCCCUGGUCCUGCCCCCAAUCUGCGAGCGCUCGCCACGUCUCCAACCUCCAUCACCGUGAGCUGGGAGAUGCCCCUGUCAGGGAAGGGAGAGAUCCAGAACUACAAGCUGUACUACAUGGAGAAGGGACUGGGGAACGAGCAGGAUGUAGAUGUAGGAGGACUUUCCUAUACCAUCAACGGGCUGAAGAAAUACACAGACUACAGCUUCCGAGUGGUGGCAUAUAACAAACAUGGGCUGGGUGUGUCCACAGAAGAUGUAGUGGCCAGGACUUUUUCGGAUGUUCCCAGUGCUCCUCCUCAAAACUUAACGCUGGAAGUGCGCAAUUCCAAGAGCAUCAUGGUUCAGUGGCAGCCCCCACCUCCUGGCACCCACAAUGGGCAGAUCACAGGCUACAAGAUCCGCUAUCGGAAAGGGGUGCGGAAGAGUGAGGCGGCGGAGAGCACAGGCGGCACGCAGCUCUUCCAGCUUAUAGACGGUCUGGAGCGUGGCACAGAGUAUACCUUUCGUGUGGCUGCCAUUACUGCAAAUGGAACUGGCCCGGCGACAGACUGGCUUACUGCAGAGACAUUUGAGAGCGACCUGGAUGAGAGCCGAGUGCCGGACAUCCCCAGCUCUCUGCAUGUCCGGCCGCUGGUCACCAGCAUCGUGGUCAGCUGGACACCACCGGAGAACCAGAACAUCGUGGUCCGGGGCUACGCCAUCGGCUACGGCAUCGGCAGCCCCCACGCUCAGACCAUCAAGGUGGACUACAAGCAGCGCUACUACACCAUAGAGAACCUGGACCCAAGUUCCCACUAUGUUCUGACACUCAAAGCCUUCAACAAUGUUGGAGAGGGGAUACCAGUGUAUGAGAGUGCGGCUACCAGGCCAUUGUCAGACCCAUUAGAUCCUGAGGUUGUUUUAUAUGAACUUUUCAAUGCUCCAUACACUCCAGUACCAGACCCUUCCCCCAUGCUGCCACCCGUGGGAGUGCAGGCAUCAGUCCUGAGCCACGACACCAUCAAGGUAACCUGGGCCGACAACUCCCUUCCCAAGAACCAGAAGAUAACCGACGCUCGCUACUAUACGGUGCGCUGGAAGACCAACAUCCCUGCCAACACCAAGUACAAGACUGCAAACACAACAAACCUUAACUACAUGGUGACCGGACUGAAGCCCAAUACCCUGUAUGAGUUUUCAGUUAUGGUUACCAAGGGCCGUCGAUCCAGCACCUGGAGCAUGACGGCUUAUGGGACUACCCUUGAGACAACAUACCCCUGUCCAAUGAACCACAUGAUAAGAGGCUUUUCCCUGGAGUGGACCAAGCAGUCAGGUCUUGUCAUCCCAGCUGAGACUGGCAUGACUGUACUGCAUGUCUGCAAAAUAGCUUUUACAUUUCUUCAACCUAGUGAAAAUGAGUCCACACCGAACUUCAAAAAGUUGAGUUACAUUCCGAACUCUCCCCCAAAAGACGUGACGGUGGUGAGCAAGGAAGGGAGACCUCGAACCAUCAUCAUCAACUGGCAGCCUCCGUCCGAAGCCAACGGCAAGAUCACAGGCUACAUCAUCUAUUACAGCACGGAUGUGAACGCUGAAGUUCAUGACUGGGUCAUUGAGCCGGUGGUGGGGAACAGACUCACUCACCAGAUUCAGGAUUUAACCCUUGAUACAUCGUAUUACUUCAAAAUCCAGGCACGGAAUUCUAAAGGAAUGGGACCCAUGUCGGAGGCGGUGCAGUUCAGGACUCCCAAAGCUGAAUCUUCUGACAAAAUGGCUAACGACCAAGCUUCUGGACCAGUUAAACCAGGCAGUCGCAACACAAUACCACACAGGGAGUUCGGCUCUGUUGGGAGACCCAGCCACUCGGGGAGCCCGACCCCCACUCUGGAUAACAACAUGCUGCUGAUUAUAAUCGUGUCUGUGGGCGCCUUCACCAUCAUCGUCGUGGUGAUCGUGGCUGCCCUUUGUACCCGACGCACCAACUCCCAGCAGAAGAAGAAGAGGGCAGCCUGUAAAUCAGCGAAUGGCUCUCACAAGUACAAGGUCAACUCAAAGGACCUGAAACCACCAGACCUGUGGAUCCACCACGAGAGGCUGGAGCUGAAACCCAUCGACAAGUCUCCAGAGUCCAACCCUGUCAUGACGGAGACGCCCAUCCCUCACACCUCUCAGGACAUCCCGCCCGUGGACACAGCCAUGGACAGCAGCAUCCUCCAGCGACGCAACUCCUACCGCGGGCAUGAAUCAGAGGACAGCAUGUCCACACUAGCAGGGCGGCGGGGGAUGAGACCCAGAAUGAUGAUGCCUUUCGACGCCCAGCCCCCACAGCCUGUGAUUAGUGCUCAUCCCAUCCAUUCCCUCGAUAACUCUCACCACCAUUAUCACUGCGGCAGCCUGGCCUCCCCGGCACACAGCUAUCUCCACCAUCAGCUCAACCCACGGCCGCUCGCCAAUUCCAUCUCCCACAUAGACAGGGCCAACUCCUCAGAGUUGGUGAGAAACACCCCUGGCGCUGACCCUGUGCCGGCGGUGAGUCAGCCUGCCUGCAGUGUGGAGCAGAUGGAGCCCGAAGCAAGCUUCCUGAGCAGCGCCCCUGAGGAGGAGCCCAGCCGCAACCCCCCCACUGCUCACGUGCGCCCCUCCCACCCGCUCAAGAGCUUCGCUGUGCCUGCAUUGCCCCCCGCCACCACCUUAGAGUCCCCCGCACUGCCCAGCACACCCCUGCUCACUCAGACAGGGACCACGCCUCAGGUGCACUCUGUGAAAACAGCCUCCAUCGGGACCCUGGGAAGGACCCGUUCUCCCAUGCCAGUCACAGUGCCCAGCGCACCUGAUGUACCUGAGACCUGCAGCAUGCUGGAGGAUGCAGACAGCAAUUAUGAGACGGAUGAACUAACUGAGGAAAUGGCUCAUCUGGAGGGACUGAUGAAGGACCUAAACGCCAUCACAACAGCCUGAUCUUAACCCAUGAGGGAACAUCUCUAAAUCACGAGCAAAAAAAAAAAAAAAAAAAGCAUUUACAAAAAUACAAACAAAAAAACUCUUGGCUCUCCUGUGAAGACUGAGCAAUUUUAGAGACAUCAUGUUUUUAAGAAGAAAUAACAUUCACCAAAAAAAGCUGGUCGAAAAAAAUCAUUUGUCGGUGAAGACAAGUUAUGUUUUUUCUUUGGUUACCAUGGAAACCA